AUUUUACAGAAAUCGAACUAUCACCCAUUCCGAGGAUGUAUAAGAGGCCUUACGAUAAACAAAAUUCCUCACGGUUUAAUCAAAGACAAAAGCACCGUCCAUCACAACAUAGGUCAAUGUUUUCCCAACAUAGAGCAAGGCUCUUACUUCGGCGGGGACGCCUUUGCGAUAUACAACAAAUACUUCCACAUCAAUGCGGUUUUGGAACUCAGUUUAGAGUUCCGGACGGCCGAACAAAACGGAAUUAUCAUAAGCGUGUCGAAUCCGCGCAACAGUCCGGCGCUCUCGAUCGAGUUACAGAGCGGGGCAAUUGUAAUGACGACGGACAAUGGUUACGGCACCAUCACGAACGUGACAAAUAACCUGUCCGAUUUCGCACUGUGCAAUAAUCAAUGGCAUAAUAUCACCGCCGUCUACACGAGUUCGGAGAUAACUAUCAACGUUGACGGAAUACGAAAGAGUUGGGUGCAACCCGAUGAUGAAACGCUGAUGGACGAACUGGAAGCGCCACUUUACAUAGGUGGAAUACCUGAUUACGCACCUGUUGGAACGCUAAAGAUGAAGGAGAACUUCAAGGGUUGCAUACGAAACAUGAAGAUAGGAAAGAAAACAGUCGACUGGUUAAACAUGGAACAAGUUACAAACGUUUUGCUAGACUCUUGUCCGAUGACCUCAUAAACUUAAAAAAGUAUUAUGAACAGCACUGCCAUUUUUUUUUGUACAUAGAAAUGUAAAUAAUUACAUAAUCACAAUUGCCAUAUUAAUUUAUAAUACAAUAGCCAUAAAAUGACUGAUUAAUUUACGUUAAAAUUAUAUUUUUGCUACAUUCCAAGCAAUCGCGGAUGUGGGAUUUUGUCACCGAAAUAGUAAUUUGUAAAAUUAUUCCAAAGUCAAGUUUCUGCCAUAAAGUCUUCUAAGUUUAAGUAAUUUAUUAUAAUUAAUGAAUGUACAACAUUGUAAAUAAAAUAAAAUAGUGCACAUUU